UGAUCUCAUCUCCCUUGACGAUCAACAGUAGGUUUUGAAAAGCCGCCCUCCAUUUAUUCAAUGCAUAUAAUAUGUGUAUAUGGAUCCUAAAAACCCACGUGUGCGGCAAACUUUGUGUGUCCUGUAUAGACUGAUUCAAGGCAUUUCUUCCACUCCUGAACUAUACAUAUCCAUUGGUGGUCUGUGUCUGUCCUUUCGUAUCUUUUAACGAGGCAGUUCGUUCGGUGUCGCAUUAUGCUACGGUCACAGUUCCGCAGAACACGAGUGUGUGUCCCCGUCAAGUCAUCUGCUCCGAAAGAGCAGAAAACCACUUUUUCGCUUCACUUAUGGUUUUACUAGUCGGAUGUGAUCUCGACAAAGAUGGGAAAAGCAUCCAGUAAACUAAAAUCAAAACGCAGUCAAAGUAUUGCAUGGAGUUUCCGGUUUCCAUCGAUGGGGGCUCUUCAGAAUUUGGGGACUAAUAAUCGCAAACGGAAACGAGAUGACCUCUCUAUUUCCGUGAAUUGUAAGGACAUGCGCCCAAACAGGCACACAGUUCAUUUACAAUCGGAUGUUGUCAAAUCUGAACUAAUUAUCACACCUCCGUAUAAUGAAAAUGAAUUUAAAUUCAAUGAUCGAAUCACCGGGGCGGAGAACAAGGAGGAGGAGGAGGAGAAGGACCAAAAGGUGAAGGAACAAGAAAAAAAAGAGGGGCACGACGCAUGCCUUUUUCGAUCAAGACCCUUGCCAAAAAGGCCUGAGGAAAAUAACAAUUCAAAAAUGGAUCAGUCUGAAGAAACAUUACGUAAACUAUUGGAAAGGGAACUCCGGCUGCUCGAUCCUCGAGAUUUGCGCUCUCAUGCCUGGUACCAUGGCAGCACACUUCGAGGAGGUCGCAAAGGGGCUGAAGCUGAAGUACCAAACGAGGGUGACUUCCUAGUUCGAGACUGUGCAUCUCAACCCGGCAACUACGUUCUCACUGUGCGUUGUAAGGGGCAAGCUCUUCAUUUCGUUAUCAACAAAGUUGUCCUUCAACCAGAAACUGUUUACGAACGAGCACAAUAUCAAUUCGAGGAUGAAGCCUUUGAUACCGUCGCUGACUUGAUAACAUUCUAUGUUGGUAGUGGUAGGCCAAUAAGUCAAGCAAGUGGAGCCAGAAUUAUUAAUCCAAGACCAAGAUCCGCACCUAUUACUUGUGUUCCUCAAGGGAAUCAUUGUUCUAGUCCCUCCUCCUCCUCCUCCCUGUCGACAAGUUCUCCGCCACGACUACCUAGAAAACAACAACGAAGCCAUUCCCUAACACCUCAACAGCACACCCUCGAUCAUUCCAAACUUCCCAACACUAAAAAUUCAUCUAUACAAUCAAGCACCUUACCACGAAUACCCCAAAUACAAAAUCAAUCACCCUCCUGCUCACUUUCAUUGGGACGACAAAAAAUCACCAGGGUCAUUUCUGAUCCAAUAAUUCAACAUCCCCAACAAUCAUUUCUUCAACAACAAUCAAAUUCUCAACAACAUCAAUUGAAUCAUCAUCAAUUACCAGCAUCGUCAAUACAACAACAAUCGAAUCAAAAUCAUCUUCAAUUGGCAAAUCAAAAAAUACCAACACCACCGCCAAAACCACCUCGAAUUCCCUAUACUCCGAAUCACCUCAAUCAUCUCAAUCAUCAUCAUCAUAAUCUACAUCAUCAUCAUCACCAUCAUGGUUAUCAAGCGUCGGGCAGCGACAGUGGUAACGGAUCUGGUGACAGUGAAUUUGAAAAUAAUUCCGGUAGUCAAACAUCAUCGGCACCAAUCAAAGGCGUUGUCAUUCGAAGUCAUUAUAAUGUGAAUGAAGGCGCUAACGGUAAUACAAGCGAAUAUGAACUCUCAACUGAAGAGCAACUUGUGGUGGCGGCACCGACUCUGGAAAUAGCAACUGCUCUUGACCUCGAGGGUUUCACGACACUGUUGCUCCCGGCUGGUGAGCAUCGACCUCUGGACCCAACGGCACUGAGAGGCGUUUCUGGAAUGUUGCAUGACUCGGCGCCAAGGGUACUUGCCUCGCACCUCACGAGAAUUGACCUUGAGAUAGCGUUAAACGCUGGUAUGGGAAGUCGUGGUGGAUUAAGUGGAUUGGAAUUAGCGACACUGCCUCAUGGUCGUCAGGCGAGAUUAGAUCUCAUUGAGAGAUCAGAGUGUAUGAAAUUAUUGGUGGCUGUGACAGUAUUGGCUGGUGCAAAUGCAAUUGAACGUGCAACAACAAUCAGCAAAUGGAUUAAAGUUGCAAUUGAUACAAAAACUGCCCUUGGAAAUCUCUAUGGAUUUUGUAGUAUUAUGUUGGGUCUCUGUUUGCCCCAAAUUCAAAAACUUGCCAACACUUGGCAUUUAUUGCGACAGAAAUAUACUGAUGAGGCUUUUAGUUUUGAGGCAAAACUCAGGCCCACCUUGAGGGCAAUGAACGAAUGCAAUAAUCCCCAGGCACCAAAUACCACACUUCCACAUUUACUGCCUAUCGCUCUAUUGGGUGAACGUGGACUUGAGGAUAUUCUAGGAACAGUUUCGCCAUCAGGCUUAGCGGCGGCAAUUCUUUCACCCUGGGAACAUUCAGCUUCAGAUUGUGGUCUCUCAAUUGUCUGGGCUCAUCUCGAGGCAUCUCGAAAAUUAACUGAAAAUCUUCCCCUUUUUCGAAGAAAUGCCGAAAUAGCCUUAGAUGGCUGUCGAAGUGAUGAAUUACUCGCUGACGCCUUUCGUACAGAAUUUCAUAUAAAAUUUUUAUGGGGUAGUAGGGGGGCUACAGUAGGUCCAGAAGAGAGGUACCUUAAAUUCUCUCAAGUUCUUGAUGCAAUGUUCGAAAAAUGCGCUGCUUCCGAAAUAUCAGCGUGAAUUUUUUUUUUUAAAUUAAAACAAAAGACUCAUUUUAUCUAAAAGAUCAAAAAAUGGGAUUUUUACGCACACAAAAUUGUCAUUAAAAGACAAUUAAAAAAAAAAAAAAAAAAAUGACUGAAAAUAUUCUCUGGGAAACAGUACUUACAUUAUUUGCAUAUAAGCAAACAAUGUGUUUCUAUAAUGUGAAUCUUUAAUAAAAUAUAAUAUAUAAAUAUAUUAUGUCCCACUGUAAAAAUUUCGAAUAUUAUAUACAAAGAGAUUUUGAUAACAACAAAAAAAAGUAAUUUAGUGGGAAUUAAAAAAAAGAAAUAUCAAACGACUUUCAUAAAGCCUAAUUGCGCAUUUUGUACAACAUUUUCGUUUUUUAGGAUUUUUAUGUAUAAAUAAAAUAUAGCAUCUUGAGAUUUACUGUACUGUAGAGAAAAUCGUAUACAAUUUUAUCGAAAGUAUAAGGUGCAAUUUAUUAAAUGUCGUGUGCUCUCAACAUCAACACCAUUGACAAUACGAAAGUUUAACGCGUCCAAAGAAUAAGAGAGCAUCGUGUCAACCAAAUAAGUUACCAGGAAUAUUGUGUACUUAAAAUAAUUCACUGUAUAUUAUAUAUAAUAUAUAUACAUAUAUAUUAUAUUGUAAAUGUUGUUUAUGUUUGUUUAUACUAUUAUAAAGUCAAAAUAAUACUAAAACUAUGUGCAA